GCUAGCUUGGUAGACCCAACGGUUUAUUUUAACGCUCAGCUGGGAGCGACGAUAGACAGGAUCCGCAAAAAUGACUUUGAUGAUGCGAUUUUGCGCUGUAGUCGUCCAUGUGAUAGUCUUGCCCUUACAUUUGAUCAAAGCGGUCGGUCUGUAUAAAAUGUACAGACGUGUUUUUCCGUUUUGUUUAAAUCGUAUGGCUGUAAAGUACAACAAGAAAAUGUACGACAAGAAGAAAGAGCUGUUUCUCAGCCUGCCCGAGUUCAACAAGCCCGGUGGGCAGCUCACUCUUCUUGAGAUCGGCUGCGGCACGGGCGCAAAUUUCGAGUUUUAUCCGCGUGGUUGCAGGGUGAUCUGCACUGACCCGAACCCCCAUUUUCAGAGUUAUCUGACGAGCAGCAUGGGCAAGAAUGACCAUCUCGUGUAUGAGAAGUUUGUGGUGGCAUCGGGUGAGGACAUGGGGUCAGUCGAGGACGACUCGGUGGACGUUGUUGUCUCCACCCUGGUGCUCUGCUCUGUCGACAGCCCUGCGCAAACUCUGCGUGAGGCCCACCGCAUACUGAGACCAGGUGGGGCCUUCUUCUUCCUGGAGCAUGUUUCGGCGGACCCCUCGAGUUGGACGUACUUCUUCCAGUACGUUCUCCGGCCCAUUUGGCAAUACUUCGGCGAUGGAUGCAGGAUCACCCAGGAGACAUGGAAGCAUUUGCAGUCAGCCGGAUUCUCCCAGCUCAAACUGAGACACAUCGAAGCGCCUUUCAUCUUUGUAAUCAAGCCGCACAUCGUGGGCUAUGCUGUAAAGUAGAUUCUGUCUGUCGUCAGCCCGCCUCAUAACCGCUGUGUGAACAUGCUAAGCACUAAACACCUUUCCUCUGUGAUAUGAUUGAUCACCAGUGAUAGAGAUAGCACCACUCACUUUGAUACUAAUUUUAUUUUUGUAUUGGGAAAAAAUUACCUGUCUUUGUAUUUAUUAAGACAAAUUAUUUUAACACACUGGAUGAAAAUCUUACAGACAGCACGUGAUACAAAUUUUGCAUGCAGUUUAAAUAUAUUUGUGUUUCUGUCAUUUUCUGAUAAUUAUGAAUCAGUAGGAUAGUAAUCAGUAGGAUGCUUUUUUACCUUUUGUGACCGUUUGUUUGCUGUUAGUGAGCUGGUUGUGUGAACGAUUAAAGAGUUGAAUCCUG